CUUUGCCUGGAUGAAGCUUGCUGUUUUCCAGCUGAUUUCCCCUCAUGCUGUGUAGGUCUGCUGUAUCUCCAUAUCUUGGCUUGUAAGCAGCUGGAUAGUGGACUAGAUGAUUGUGGUGCUUCCCUGAGGAGUGAUUGCAGAGUAGCUGAGGAUGUUCUGAUGCCAUAUCUAAUGGCUUCCCACUGAGGAGGUGCCAGAAGUUGUUUUUAGUGGAGCUGCAGAAACUUGUACAGACCAUGAACCUGAUUGGGAGCUACCAACACCACCACCACCACAUGAUGCCUGAUCCCUUCAUCUUCUCCCCGGGCUCCCGCUGCCACCAGGAGAGACCUUACUUCCAAGGAUGGGUGCUGAACCCAGGAGAGGUGUCACCUGAAUUCCCUGCGCAACCCCCCUACAGCCCAGAGUACGGAGCAGUGGUUGGACCUUCCCAGACCUCCGGCCGCAUAGAGAAUCUUGGGGGAAAGUUGGGCAGAAGGAAAGGAGCUCCCCCCAAGAAAGAGAGGAGAAGGACAGAGAGUAUCAAUAGUGCCUUUGCUGAACUAAGAGAGUGCAUCCCCAACGUUCCAGCAGAUACCAAACUCUCCAAAAUCAAGACCCUCAGACUGGCCACUAGUUACAUUGGCUACCUGAUGGAUGUGUUGGCUAAGGACAGUGAGCCUGGGGGCACGGAGGCCUUCAAAGCUGAAAUUAAAAAGGUGGAUGGCAAGAGGAGAAGGGAACCGCAACCAACUGAAGGAUAUUGGGGCGCAGCACCUGCAGGAGAGAAGAAAUUAAAAGGACGGACUGGGUGGCCCCAGCAGGUAUGGGCCCUGGAACUAAACCCCUGAUUGUUCUAUUUGCCCUUGGGUAACCUAAAUGCACUGCUUUGUCCUGCCAAUGAGAAAUCGAGUCACUGAACGCUCUCCAGGCUGGGAGAAGACAUUCAUCUGUAAUUACGUGCAAUGUUAUUUCUUUUUAUCUGCAAUAAGAGGACGAGAGGAUGCACAAGACUGGCGUGUUUCUGCAAGACUGGGAAACAGAACUGAUGUGGAUCUACAUGCAAUGAGCCAGAAUUGUAUUCAGUAUAUAUAUAAAUAUAUAUCUAUAUAUAUAUAUAUAUAUAUAUAUAUAUAUAUAUAUAUAUAUAUAUAUAUAUAUAUAUAUAUAUAUAUAUAUAUAUAUAUAUAUAUAUAUAUAUAAGCAAAUGUGACUCAGGGAUCAGGUCUCACUUUCAACAAGUGGAGUCUUCUGUAAUUUUCCUGCUAUUUUAUUUUUCCCAUUUAAAACACCAAUGUUUUUAUUCUGUGUUAUAAUUACAUACAUUUACUAUGCAA